UGAGGAAUGGCCUUUAGCUCCAACAGCAGCAGUAAUCUGACCAACCAGUUCGCGCAGCCCGCGUGGCGCGUGGCUCUUUGGUCCGUGGCCUACAGCACGGUGCUGGCUGUGGCUGUAUUUGGAAAUGUUAUUGUUAUUUGGAUUAUUUUGGCGCACAAACGGAUGAGGACAGUGACAAACUAUUUUCUCCUAAACCUGGCUUUUUCAGAUGUGUCCAUGGCUGCGUUCAACACGCUCAUCAACUUUGUCUACGCUGCGCAUGGAGACUGGUACUUUGGAGAGGUCUACUGCAGGUUUCAUAACUUUUUCCCAGUUACUGCUGUGUUCGCCAGUAUCUACUCCAUGACUGCAAUAGCCAUAGACAGGUACAUGGCCAUCAUUCACCCCCUGAAGCCUCGCCUGUCAGCGAAGGCGACCACUGGCAUCAUCGUGGUCAUCUGGAGCCUGGCUGUGGCUCUAGCUUUUCCCCUGUGCUUCUACUCCACCGUCAAAGUACUGCCUCGGAGGACCAUCUGCUAUGUGGCGUGGCCCCGCAAGGCGGCGGACCCUUUCAUGUACCACAUCAUCGUGACGGUGCUGGUGUACGCCCUGCCUUUGGUGAUCAUGGCUAUCACCUACACCAUUGUGGGCGUGACUUUGUGGGGAGGAGCAGUCCCUGGAGACUCUGCCGACAACUACCAUGGCCAGCUCCGCGCUAAAAGAAAGGUGGUGAAGAUGAUGAUCAUUGUGGUGGUGACCUUUGCCCUUUGCUGGCUGCCCUACCACGUCUACUUUAUAGUGACGGGUCUGAACAAAGAUCUGAGCAAGUGGAAGUACAUCCAGCAGGUUUACCUCAGUGUGCUGUGGCUGGCCAUGAGCUCCACCAUGUACAACCCCAUCAUCUACUGCUGCCUCAACAGCAGGUUCCGAGCUGGAUUCAAGCGUGUAUUCCGGUGGUGUCCCUUCAUUCAUCCGUCCAGUUAUGACGAGUUGGAGCUGCAGAACCGGGGGCUUCGACCAGGGUACCAGAGCAGCAUGUGCACCAGCAUCCUCAGCAAAGACAAGAGUGUCCGUGUCCAUGGAAACAGACUGCGCUGCGACUCCCAGACCUCUCCCUCCAUUAAAGACAGAUAG